CUAGCUGGGGCUGUGCGCGGAGCUCCGGCGGGGCGUGGGGAACGGCGGCGCCCGCGCGGGUGGUAGCCGAAACAGCCCUACCGGCAAAAACACACUAGAGGCCACAAACGAGGGGAGCCCGGGCUGCUCUCCGGUACACACACUUCCUCCCACCGCCACCUCCCCUCCGCCCCGCGCGCCACCCGGCCGCUCGGACUGCUAUGUGACCGAGAGGCUGUGGAGGAAGGGGUCUUGGAAGAGGUGAGCUAAGUUUGAGCCCACUUUUGCAGGCGCCCCUCUGAGCCCUCGCCUGCCCUAGGUCUGGUAACUAGCUGGCUCCCGGGUGCCCUUCGCCUCCGAGCGCUUCCAGCUGCCGCGGUUCCCGGUGACCAUGGUGACGAUGGAGGAACUUCGGGAGAUGGACUGCAGCGUGCUCAAAAGGCUGAUGAACCGGGACGAGAACGGCGGCGGCGGCGCGGGCGGCAGCGGUAACCACGGCGCCCUGGGGCUGCUGAGCGGCGGCAAGUGCCUGCUGCUGGAUUGCAGACCGUUCCUGGCGCACAGCGCGGGCUACAUCCGAGGCUCGGUCAAUGUGCGCUGCAACACCAUCGUGCGGCGGCGGGCCAAGGGCUCGGUGAGCCUGGAGCAGAUCCUGCCCGCCGAGGAAGAGGUGCGCGCCCGCCUGCGCUCCGGCCUCUACUCGGCCGUGAUCGUCUACGACGAGCGCAGCCCGCGCGCCGAGAGCCUCCGCGAGGACAGCACCGUGUCGCUGGUGGUGCAGGCGCUGCGCCGGAACGCGGAGCGCACCGACAUCUGUCUGCUCAAAGGUGGCUAUGAGAGAUUUUCUUCCGAGUAUCCAGAAUUUUGCUCCAAAACCAAGGCUCUGGCAGCUAUUCCGCCUCCUGUGCCCCCCAGUGCCAUGGAGUCCUUGGACCUGGGCUGUAGCUCUUGUGGGACACCCCUGCAUGACCAGGGGGGUCCUGUGGAGAUCCUCCCCUUCCUCUACCUUGGCAGUGCCUACCAUGCUGCCCGGAGAGACAUGCUGGACGCCCUGGGGAUCACAGCCCUGUUAAAUGUCUCCUCGGACUGCCCGAACCACUUUGAAGGCCACUACCAGUACAAGUGCAUCCCGGUGGAGGAUAACCACAAGGCGGACAUCAGCUCUUGGUUCAUGGAAGCCAUCGAGUACAUCGAUGCAGUGAAGGAUUGCCGCGGGCGGGUGCUGGUGCAUUGCCAGGCUGGCAUCUCACGCUCGGCCACCAUCUGCCUGGCCUACCUGAUGAUGAAGAAGCGGGUGAGGCUGGAAGAAGCCUUUGAGUUCGUCAAACAGCGCCGGAGCAUUAUCUCGCCCAACUUCAGCUUCAUGGGGCAGCUGUUGCAGUUCGAAUCCCAGGUGCUGGCCACAUCCUGUGCCGUGGAGGCUGCCAGCCCUUCCGGCCCCCUGCGUGAACGGGGCAAGGCCACCCCUACUCCCACCUCCCAGUUUGUCUUCAGCUUCCCUGUCUCCGUGGGGGUGCACUCAGCCCCCAGCAGCCUGCCAUACCUGCAUAGCCCCAUUACCACUUCCCCCAGCUGUUAGAGCCAGGCUGUGAACCCCCAGAGCCAGAAGUGGCUUCCAUCCUAGCCAGGGCAUGAGCAACGCAUAGGAGAGCAAGUAGAGACUAGUGGGGACAGGUGACCAAGUGCUGUCCCCAUCCAUUUCUCCUUGGCCAUCCACGGGGCCAGCUAGAAUGGCAAUAAGGACUCUGAAUACACAUUUAAAAACAAACUCACAAAACACUCUAAUUUAGAGCAAUAAUGGUGGCAUCAGUGGCGAGAGAAAACCUGGAUUUGGUUCAUGUGUCAAUUUUACUUUGUCAGGUAGAAAUUUCUUACCUCAUUUUUUUAAACAAUUAAGGCUUGAAGUUAUGAGAUUUCCCCCCCAAAUCCUGGCAAAUGUGCCAGUCCCAUUUUAUU